UUGAAUCACCGCUUUUGGAUGAACAAAACCCUCUCUUUCCAAAACCCAAACCCUUGGCGGCUGUGAGACCCGUUGUUCCCUCUUCUCUCACUCAGUCCAUCUCUCUCUCUUAGCCUCAGGAUUUCUCUCUCCGUUGGCUAAAACCCCAAUUACCUUUCUCUGAGAUUUAGGGUGUUUUAGUAAUACUUCGGAUAAGUAGAAGAUCUAGCUAUCAAUUCACGGCCAUGGCCACCGUUGCACCUCCUGCGGAUCAAGCAGCAGAUUUGCUACAGAAGUUGUCAUUAGAUUCUCAAACCAAGACCCUGGAAAUUCCUGAGCCAACCAAGAAGCCUUCUGUUAAUCAAUAUGGGUCUAUUGAUUCUGGAAAUGCUGCAAAUGGUCAGAUCCAAUCAGAGCGCUCCGUGACCCCAUUGUUACCUGAUUUCAUGGAUCCAUCUCUAUGCUAUCUCCCGAAUGCUUAUCCGUCUGCCUAUUACUAUGGAGGCUAUGAUGGGACUGGCAACGAGUGGGAUGACUACUCGAGAUAUGUAAAUCCUGAGGGAGUUGAGAUGACUUCUGGAGUUUAUGGGGAUAAUGGGUCUCUUUUAUACCACCAUGGGUAUGGGUAUGCACCAUAUGGUCCAUAUUCACCGGCAGGUUCCCCAGUUCCAACUAUGGGAAAUGAUGGUCAGUUAUAUGGGCCUCAGCACUACCAAUAUCCUCCCUAUUUCCAGCCUCUGACUCCAACCAGUGGACCGUACACCCCCAGCCCUGCUGCCCCUCAAAGUGAGGUAUCCACCUCUGUAGCUGCUGACCACAAGCCUCUGCCUGUGGAAACAGCUAAUGGGAUUUCUAACGGCAUUGCAAAUGGUGGAAGUGUGAAAGGAAAUAAUGUUUCAGCUCCCUUAUCAACAUAUCAAAACUCGUCUUUCAACACCAAUGGUUCAUAUGGAAGGGGUGCUUUGCCAGGACGUGUUCCUACUCCUGGGUACCAGGACCCAAGAUAUGGGUUUGACGGGUUACGUUCUCCUCUUCCGUGGUUGGAUGCCCCACUUUUUUCGGAUGGGCAGCCUAGACCUGUUACAAGUACAACAAUUACUUCUUCAAUCUCAAAUGGCAAUAACAUUCCAUCUUCAAGGAAUCAGAAUUACCGUCCAAAUUCUCACUUCAUGGGUUUGCACCAUCCAAGGCCAUUGUCUGGAAUGGGUACAGCUCAAGGGUUUAUAAAUAGGAUGUACCCCAACAAACUUUAUGGUCAGUAUGGAAAUACAGUUAGAUCUGGUAUGGGCUUUGGAUCUCAUGGUUAUGAUUCGCGAACCAGUGGACGCACAUGGCUGGCUGUUGACAGCAAGUACAAACCCAGGGGAAGAAAUGGCGGAUACUAUGGAUACGGUAAUGAGAAUAUGGAUGGUUUGAAUGAACUCAACAGGGGACCUCGGGCAAAGAGCUCCAAGAAUCAAAAGGGUUUUGUGCCUAAUGCAUUAGCGAUCAAGGGACAGGUGCCAACAAAUCUUAAUAAUGACGAGGAAAAGGAUAAAACAAGUGUCCCAGACCGAGAACAAUACAAUAAAGCUGAUUUUUCCGAGGAUUAUACUGAUGCCAAAUUCUUCAUCAUUAAGUCAUACAGUGAGGAUGAUGUUCAUAAGAGCAUUAAGUAUAAUGUUUGGGCCAGCACGCCAAAUGGCAACAAGAAGCUUCAUGCUGCAUACCAGGAGGCUCAGGAGAAAUCUGGUGGCUGUCCUGUAUUUCUUUUAUUCUCGGUCAAUACCAGUGGACAAUUUGUAGGCCUUGCAGAGAUGUUGGGGCCAGUUGAUUUCAACAAGAAUCUAGAGUACUGGCAGCAAGACAAGUGGAAUGGCUGUUUCCCUGUCAAGUGGCAUAUUGUUAAAGAUGUUCCCAACAGUUUGUUGAAGCACAUUACUCUUGAGAAUAAUGAGAACAAACCUGUGACCAACAGUAGGGACACUCAGGAGGUCAAAUUGGAGCCAGGCCUUAAAAUGAUUAAAAUUUUCAAGGAACAUUUAAGCAAAACAUGCAUUUUGGAUGACUUUGGGUUUUAUGAGUCCCGCCAGAAGACAAUUCAGGAGAAGAAGGCUAAGCAACAGCAGUUUCAGAAACAGGUAUGGGAAGGAAAAGCCAUUGAUGAGAAGAAAGAGGUAGCAAAUGGGCAACUGAAAACUCAAAAUUCAUCAGAGGUUCCCUCUGAUUUGACCAAAGAAUCUAUUCCAGCAGUGCAUGCAAGUGAAGAGGUGAAACUUGCAGAAAAUGGAUUGAUUGCAGCUGGAGAUGCCCCAAAGGGUGCUAAGCCAGUUGUGUCAGAGAAGAGGGUUGUAGCUAAUGGGGUUGCGAACGGUUGCUAGCCUUUGCCUUGCAUAACGGUGGUCCAGGUUGCAUUGGAAGUGUGCUGCUGUGAAUGAAUAUAUGAGAGCUACUAGAAACUACUUGCCAAUUGUGCCUACUUCUUGGACCGCCGCUCUGAUGACUGUUGACUUGCUUUGCUAGAGAAUAGUCAAUAAUUCGUUGAGGAAUGGCAAGUCCAUCUCUAGAAUUUCAUGUAUCUUGAGGCAGGCUAGGGUUCUGAGUAAUCUAUGUUCCACCCCAACCCCUCCACAGUUUUCUUUUGGGUCUAUUUACCGGUGUUCUGCAGAAGCUCCUAACAGGUUUUGGUUGCCUAGGAUUUUGGGUUUAGGGUUUCUCUUUCAGUGGUGCUUAAUAUCAGAUAUGUUUUUUUUU